CUAGAGAGAGAGCGAGCGGAGCACACAGUCAAAACUUCCGGUACAAAUCGGAAAGCCGCUAUUGGCAGCGGUUCUCUAGACGAGGCGCACACUGCGCCGCUCUAGACCUCGCCCACCUCUAUGGUGAAGGCCCACCCACUCCCUAAUUAUUUGAGUUAGAUUGGAAAGCCACAGUCAACCGGAAAUGUUGGUCAGGAGUACGAGGGUGCGUAGCUCUAUAGCGUUUUUCCGCGUUCCAUGGUUGGAGAUAGGGCACUUUCACACCGGUGCCAUCUUGAAUUGAAGACGAGGCUGCGCGUUCCCUUCCUUGUAACCGUCCCAACCCGCUCCUGCAAGUCCCCAGCAGCAGCAGCAGCAACUCAAGACUCGGCGGGCUUAGUGGAGGGAGACGCGGAGGAGCCGGAGACGCCAGGUCGGGGGGGGGGGGCUGCUCCAGUUUCCCCCACCGCCCAGGGAUCAUGGCUGCCACCCCCUGUGGCGACGAGAGAGACAGCCUCCCUGCUGCCGCCCCCAUGCCGCUUCCACAGUCCCAGCGCCUGGUCCCAGACCCCCAAGUGAUGCUCACCCCUGAACGGGACAGUGCAGCAGCAGCAAGAGGAGGAGGAGGAGGAGGGAUCCUUCGGCGGCCCCAGCAGGGGAAAAUCCCUUGCAGACAAGUUCGCUUCAAGCUGGGCUCCAAGUCUGACACCGUCCAAGAGAGCAGCCGAGAGCGCCCUGAGCGAGCGAAGGAAGCCCCGGGCGUCUCUGGCGGCCCUCCCCACUUCACUGGCCCCCCGAAGGGAGAGCCCACUGGGGGUGCUGCAGCAGAUGCAUGGCAACAGCCCCCCAGCACGCUGGCUGCCCCCGUUCCCCACAGCACUCUAGCUUUGGGGGCAGAGGUGCAAGCUUUGCGGGCGGAAGGCUUCAAUGCCCGGCAAGCGGCAGAAGACCUCGUCCAACGCUCUUUUGUGGCCCGCUGCGUGGUGGAAGCCCGUGUGGGCGAGGGUAUGAACAUCCCUCGGGACCAGCAACUCUACCAAGGGCUCGUCAGCCUCGAGGUGCCAGAAGAUGAGCUGCUCAACUCGGCCGUGCAGGAGAAGCUCGUGCUUGUGCGGUCCCGUCCUGAAGCCAGGAAGCAGCCGGACCCUGCAGGACCAGACCUCCUGGCCUUCUAUGACCCGCAGGAGCUGUUCACAGAGACCCCCUUCCUCGAGGUCGAAGGGCUGCCUCCACUGAAGCUGCAGCCUCGGGCCCGGGACCCAGCUGCCACCUUCCUGAUGUACCGGAAGCUGCAACAGUGGGAUAGCUAAGGGGGCGGGCGGGCCUGGGCUGCUCUUGGACUCCACCCAGAGGAAACGGGACUCACACUGCCCUUGCGGGGAGGGGCGGCUAUUUAUUCGGAGGGGACUCUUCUCCCGAGAUGUUUUUAUAAAGGUAACCAAGGCAAGCA